CUUUGAAGCAAUCUUCAGACGAAAACAAAACUUGCGAAAAUAGAAUUUUGGAGUCAUCUUUAUACUUGUUUCGAGCUCUUAUCAUCCCUACGUUAUAUCUGAAUUCUUCCCAAGUUUUGGCUCUUAUACAUAGCCGGUCUUCUGCAUAUUUGUUAACGGGUACUUCCUCGACCGGCCCAAGUCUCCAUAAAAUUCGCUACUGGACGCCAGUUCAUCGUGUCUUCCCUGCACGCGAUCUUGCAACCUGCAACCCAACCCGAAACUCGGACGUGAGAAAGCCGACCUACAUUCAACAUUAUCACCUCCGAGCGGCGUGCAAUGGAGUAGCGCACAGGCAGAAGCAGAAGCGUCGAAUUCUUGCAUAAUCUCCUGUUCUAUUCACCCGCCUACCUACGCGCCAUCUGAGCCAUCAGACAUUUCAACAUGAUACCUUUUAUACAUACUCCCUUUGCCUACCUGGGCAGCAAGAUCGGGGUCAGCCCGGAUGAGCUCAAGCUCAUCUUUUCCUUCUUUUUGUCCUACCCGCUUGCUGGCCUGCUGAAGAGGGUACCGGAUAGCCGUCCUCACCUCAAGAACUUCUUUUGCCUAAGCAUCGGCGUCUUUUACCUCGUCGGCCUCUUCGACCUGUGGGUUGGCCUCCGAACCGUCCUAAUCUCCUCCAUUGGCGCAUACUCGAUCGCAAAGUUCCUCCGGGGCUCCCCUUAUAUGCCAUGGAUCGGCUUCGUCUUCCUCAUGGGCCAUAUGAGCGUCAACCACAUUAUGCGCCAGCGCCUCAAUGACCCGAGCACGAUCGAUAUCACAGGAGCGCAGAUGGUGCUGGUCAUGAAGCUUAGCGCUUUCUGCUGGAACGUGGCCGACGGUGUUCUUCCCGAUGACCACCUCUCCGACUUCCAGAAGGACAGACGGCUCAAGGAGUUGCCGUCCCUGUUGGACUACUUUGGAUAUGUUUUCUUCUUCCCCAGUCUCAUGAUUGGACCCGCAUUCGACUUCGCCGAAUACCGCCGAUGGCUCGACACCACCAUGUUCGACGUUCCCAAGACUGUCGAUCCUGCCAAGAAGCCUCCUACCAGACGUAAGCGCAAGAUCCCUCGCAGCGGCACUCCGGCCAUGAUCAAGCUGGUCACCGGUUUCUCCUGGCUCAUGCUCUUCAUCUGGCUCUCUACCUGGUUCUCGCCCGAGUCACUCCUCGGAGACGGUUUCGUUAGCCACAACUUCAUUGUCCGCCUGCUCUUCCUGCACAUGGUCGGUAUCACGGCGCGCGCCAAGUACUAUGGUGUCUGGAUGAUGACGGAAGGCGCAUGCAUUCUCAGCGGCUUGGGUUACAACGGCGUGGAUCCUACCACGGGCAAGGUGUCUUGGGAUAGGCUCCAGAACAUCCGCCCGAUGGGCAUGGAGACGGCGCAAAACACCAAGGCGUACCUCGACAACUGGAACAUCAACACCAGCAAGUGGCUGCGUAACUACGUCUACCUGCGCGUCACUCCCCGUGGUAAGAAGCCUGGUUUUGGCGCCACUUUGGCUACAUUCACCACCAGCGCUUUCUGGCAUGGUUUUUAUCCAGGCUACUACCUGUCUUUUGUCCUGGCGAGCUUCAUCCAGGCUGCUGCGAAGAACGUCCGCCGCCACGUCCGCCCCUUCUUCCUCGACCCCAAGACCCAAGCCCCCCUUCCCUCCAAGAAGUGGUACGAUCUCGCCUCCUGGCUCGCCACCCAACUCACCUUUAACUUCGCCGUCUGCCCCUUCCUGCUCCUCGGCUUCCACGAAUCCAUCACCGCCUGGUCGCGCGUCUACUUCUACGCCAUCAUCCACACCGCCGUGGCCCUGGCCUUCUUCUCCAGCCCUGGCAAGAAGUGGCUGCGCAAGACUCUGGAGAAGAGGAACGCCAAGGCGGGCGUUGUCACCUCUGCUUCUUCUGGUGGACGCGGCCGUGGCCGCAGCAGUGACGAGAAGACGAACAGCAGCGUCCAGAACGGUACCGCUCAGGGUGCCAUGGGAACGGCGGCUUUGCUUGGCGAGAACCUGAACCAGCCAUCCAGCAGGGCGGAUAGCACGGAUAGCCAGUCGAGGAGCCCGAUGCUGGGUAUCAGUGGCGAUCCCCAGGGGGAGCUGGAUGAAGCGCUGGAGGAGUUUAAGAAGGAGAUGGAGAGCAGGGUUGGUGGUGGCGCGUUUAGUGCGACGGGCCUAAGGGAUUCGUUGAGAGGGGAGGCUAGGGAGAGAGCCGUGUGAUCAAGAUGGAGGGUAAGAAGUGGUAUUUGUAUGGAAAGGGGAUGUUAUAGGAGGUAGGAUCUAGCGAGACAUAUCUCUUGGGAAGUGCUGUGAAGGAACGGUUGCGUAUGGAGUCUGGGGCAUAAGUGCGGGUGCAAACGAACGGGAGUGCUUGGCUACUAGUCUAUCUUUUUGCACUGCAUCGCGUUAGGAGUAAGAGGAAGCCUCUUUCUUUUGCUUACAUCAAUUAUGUGUUUACCUAAAAUUCCGGUACAAACAUAUUUCCAUAUCAAUGGCA